AAAUUGUGAAUAUUAUAUGAUAUGUAAAUGUGUACGCGCAGUUCUUUUAAUUUCUGUAAAUAAUUCAUGAAUAUUAACAGAAAACUGCGUAUACGGUCGAUUUGAAAAAUUCUUUAGCAAAUCAUCACGUCCCUAAUUUAUAUGCACCAGCAAUUCAACUGUACGAUUUGGCAACGAUUUAUUCAAAAAUGAUUUUCACAUCGGUAAAGGAUUUAUGUCACUUAUUUUCAUUGUAAUAUGGAGUACACCACGAGGUCCACUAAUCCCAUUAAUAUGGGGUACGACAGAGCCUCUGCAACUAUUAUUAUAUUCUUUAAAAUUGAACACGAGUAGAGUUGAACACGACUAUGUGAUAAAUCAUAUACGUAUGAUAAUUUCUGCUUUUAAUGAAACCAUUUAUAACUUACAAGUGCUGUUCGGUUGCAUGUUUACAGUGUUAUCGUAAAAAGUAAAGUGGAUCAUAGUUAAAUAGACGUUGAAUGCGUUCGUACAAGUUCGUACGAUCCAAUUGUAUUCAGGGUCCAAGUCAGUUUUCUCGUUCAUUUCAGAGAUCAUUUACGGUGACGGAAAUUUGAAAUGCAAGCAAUGAAUCACAUGGAAGGAAUCUCUUUGUCAAUGGUUUUCAUUCAUGAUUAGAAACACUUAAAUUUAAAGGAGGUUCAAUUAAAUACAUGAAUUAACAUUUUGAAUCAACAAUUGAAAUCUAGUCUACGGAAACACGCCACCACCUGCAGCGUUCACGAUUUACGGAUGGCGAGCGCGCCAUGUCAUUAAUGUUUACAAAUUUUAAUCAUAUAUUUCUAAGGUACACUUGGUUUCGAAUAAAAAUGAGACUCGGUGAUAUUUGGUGAUUGUGCUGAUUGAAAAAGUGAUUGAAUCCUUGGACGCUGGAAAUGCCACCGCUGUCCGGAGGUUUCGGCGAACAGAUAGAGGAUUACGAGGUAUUGAAUUUACUUGGGAAAGGCGGCUUCGCCAGUGUAUAUCGAGCAAAAUGUCUUCGCAGUGGCAUCGAAGUUGCGAUCAAAAUGAUCGACAAGAAAUUAAUGCAAGCUGCUGGGAUGGUGGGUAGAGUACGUCAAGAAGUGGCGAUACAUUCGAGAUUGAAGCAUCCUGCAGUUCUUGAAUUGUACACAUUCUUCGAAGAUGCCAACUAUGUUUAUUUAGUAUUAGAAUUAUGCCAUAAUGGGGAGCUCCAGCGUUUCCUUAAAAUGCAAGGCUCUCACGCAUUGCCUGAAGAGCAAGCUGCUCGUAUAAUUAGACAAGUAGUACAGGGAUUAUUAUAUCUGCAUUCCCAUCAGAUACUUCACAGGGACAUGUCCUUAUCCAAUUUACUUCUAAGCAGGGACAUGCAAGUGAAAAUAGCAGACUUUGGUCUGGCGACCCAAUUGACAAGGCCUGAUGAGAAACAUUUAACUAUGUGCGGUACUCCUAAUUACAUAUCUCCUGAGAUAGCAACGAGAUCGUCACAUGGCUUGGAAGCAGACGUAUGGAGUUUAGGCUGUAUGCUGUACACUCUAUUAGUUGGCAAACCUCCGUUCGAUACAGAUGCUGUUAAGAGUACUCUGACACGCGUUGUCAUGGCCGAUUAUGUGAUGCCAGCUCAUUUGUCAGAUAAUGCCAAGGAUCUGAUAGAUAAGUUAUUGAAGAAAAAUCCGAAGGAUAGGAUUCGUUUACGCGAUAUUUCGAAACAUCCGUUUAUAGCUAAUAUAGAAAAGAAUAAGUUGCACAGUGAGAGAAAUGCUAUGAGUAAGGAACUGUUAGGGGAUGGUAUGAUUGACUCAGGAGUAGGAAGAACAUUAUCUUCUUAUGGACGACCAAGAAUGCGAUCUAGAUCGGAAGAAAGAAUGUCGACGAUGCCUGUAAUGUCGAAUGGACUCGGCCCGAUGUUCAGCGCACGAAGCGAAGCUUUAUCUGAACCCAUUACAAAAACGCAUAAAAUGAAUUGUGCCAAUAAUCGCACACAAAAUUCUAUGCUAGCCGGGAUACCGCUUCCGCCGCAAAGUAAAAUUAUUUCACAAUGCGAGCAGUGCAGCAGUUACGAUGCGCAUCAAGAGACUGACAAGCAUAAGAGUGAUAAAUUAAGAAAAAAAGAGAAAACGGAGAAUUGCUUCGAAAUUGUCGACGACGAUCGGAAGUUGCAGGUCCCGCCUUUGUCUUCCGAAAGAUUACAACCGACUAGGCACAGAACGAAGAAUGCGAUCCUUACUAUUUUAGAUAACGGGGAAGUGUGCAUCGAGUUUAUCAAACGCAGGAAUGGCACAGAAAAAAUAAGCGAAGUGUGCCGAAUAUCGGGCGAUGGUUUAAGAGUUAUUCUUUAUAAACCGACGACCUCAACGGAUGUUGGGUCUCAACCACCUUCUUUACCAGCUCGUGGCGCGGACAGUAUUUACUCGUAUGAAAAUUUGCCGUCUCGUCACCAUAGGAAAUACGUAUACGCGUCUCGUUUUAUAAAACUGGUGAGAGCAAAGACUCCGAAAGUAACGCUGUAUACUCAAAGAUCGAAAUGUCUCUUUAUGGAAAACGGGCCACACCCAGAUUGCGAAGUUCACUUUUAUAAUGGAGUAAAGGUUGUACGUGUCGAUGGGAUAGUAAAGAUAACCGAAAGAAGCGAUGGCCCGACUUAUAUCGAGGGUGAAUUUCCGCCGCAUUUCGACGAUUAUUACGAGCACUAUUCCGAGUGUUACCAGCGUUGUUUGUUGCUCGAAUCUACUUUAACUUCUUUGGAAGCAGCUACUGGAAAUUCUUGCUUCCCUAUUAUUAUCGGACGUAGGCCUCUUACGGCUUUAAGCGAUUCUCCUUACUCGCAAGGAAAAGAAAAUAUUUCACAAGCAACGAACAACAAUACGCCCGUGAUGCCGUCUUUCGACGCUAGUUCCGUUAUGUCAACGGUAGCAUCACGGUCACGAAAAAUGAAUUCUAUACGGAACGUGAGUGUCAAUACUUAUAAGGUACCAAUUCCGGGAGUCGGAACUGCCACGCAAUUAUCAUCGGGAGAUAUUCGUGUCGAUUAUAGAGAUGGUUCUGCUCUAACAGUAAGUCCUCAAAGUUACGGUGGUGGCAUAAUUUAUGAGAGCAAUAACGGUAGCGUUACCAAGUAUAACCAGAAUCAUCAACAAAAUUCAGAAGUACCUUACGUCGUUAAAGAAAAAUUACAUCAUCUGCCGACAGUAAUUAAAUACCUGGUCCAGCCGAAGCAUAAGAGUCUUCGGUAGUCUUUUAGCUAAACAUUUAGAUGAAGAAUUAUUUUGUAUGAAACAUAGAUUUAGAUUAGCUUAAUUAUUAUGAUAAGAGAACAAUUAUUUUUAUACAUUUUAACUGUCAAAUAUAGCUUAAGUAUAGAGCGACCUAAUUUUAAAAUGUAAUAAGACAAAUGCAUUUUUAUAUAGAUAUAUUGGAAAUUUAAUUUAUAUUAUGUUACUACUACAGAGAAAUAAAGCUCCUUGAUUGAAAGGUGUUUCAAAUUAUUAUGUCAAUCGAUUGU